AUGGGAACGCAUACAGCUUGCGUAGAGAACGAUGCCAGUGGCAGCGGCGGUGGCAGCGCAAGGUGCGCUAGCAACGGCAUCAGCGUGAGUAUUGCACAGGUGUUAGCCCGCGAGGGGCCAAUGCUGUCGCUGGUUGGGUGUAAUGUGGCCAAUUUAGAGGCCACGCGGGCGACAGUGCAACAACAGCAGAAGGGCGUCCAAGUGCUUAAUGUGACGGCGGAUGUUACAACGGAUGCGGAUGCAAUAAUUCAGCAGACAGUGCUGGUCAAUAAUGCCGGCAUUCUGGGCAGCGGCCCACUGAUCGAUCGGGAUAUGAAAUAAUUCGACGCGGUGCUCAACACAAAUCUGUGCGGCGUCGUUUUGAUAAGAAAGGCAGCGUUGCCGCAUCUGCUCAAGACCAAGGGCGCUGUGGUUAAUGUGAGCAGCUGUUCUGGAAUCCGCCCCUUUCCCGGCGCGCUCAGCUAUGGUCUAUCGAAGGCAGCACUGGAUAUGUUCACAAAAAUCGUCUCAUUGGAGGUGGCGCCGCCGGGUGUGCAUGUGAAUUCAGUGAAUCCCGGUUUUGUGGUCACCAAGAACGAGCCCUAUGGGCUGAUGCUCGAGAGAGCCGUCAACACGCAUCCCAUGGGCCGUGUGGGCAAUCCCUUUGAGAUGACCGAGGCCGUUGCGUUUCUUGCUAGCUCAAAAGCUAGUUUUAUCACCGGCACCCUGCCAGCGGUCGAUGGGGGCAAAUACAAUUAUACGCCACGUUAA